AUGGCCGAGUCCGAACAAAGCAGCGUCUGGGACGUUGUCAUAAAGCAGACCAAGGAGGCUCAAGAAAAGGGUACUGAUCCUUUUCUCUGGUCAAUGCAAGUCUCGUCAAAUCUGAGCUCUGCAGGGGUGUGCAUACCUUCCAUGGAGCUGGCCAACGUGUUGGUCUCAUACAUUUGUUGGGAAAACAAUGUACCCAUUUUGUGGAAGUUUCUUGAGAAGGCCUUGGUUUUGAACAUGGUGCCCUCUAUGCUUGUUCUUGCUCUGCUUUCCUCCAGGGUUAUUCCAAAUAGACGUGUGCAGCCAGCAGCAUAUAGGCUUUACAUGGAGCUCCUUAAGAGACAUGCUUUUUCACUUAGAUCCCAAAUUAAUGGGCCUAAUUAUCGAAAGGUUAUGAUAUCAAUAGAUACUAUUCUUAAUUUGUCCAAGAUAUUUGGUCUGCAAACAAGUGAAGCUGGGACUAUUGUGGUUGGGUUCAUCUUUUCGACCGUGUGGCAAUUGCUUGAUGCAUCGUUAGAUGAUGAGGGGCUGCUGGAACUUACCCCAGAGAAGAAGUCUAGAUGGCCAACUAAACCCCAAGACAUGGAGAUAGAUGGUUUCGAUAAUCAUUGUGAGAAGAGGAUUGAACAUCUUGAGAGAUUACAGAAUCAUAAUACUUCGAUGGCUAUUGAACUAAUCUGGCAAUUUCUGCAAAAUAUAUUGACUUCCAAGAUUCUUAACUUGGCAAAAAGAAACAUGCCUAUACAUUGGGAGGCUUUUAUUCAGCAAUUACAUCUGCUUGCAGAAAAUUCAUCAGCAUUGAAAAACAGCAAAGUUACUAGUCCUGAGGCAAUUUUGCAGGUGGCUUCAGAUAUUUGCAUAACCCCACAAAAUUCCAAACUGCGUUCAGUACAAAAGUGCCAUUCGAUUAUGGAUUCUUCUGAGGGACUAAGCCGUGGAAUUGGUCGCUCUACUAUAUGGCUUCCGCUUGAUCUGGUACUCGAGGAUGCCAUGAAUGUUACGCAGGUCAAUGCCACAAGUUCUGUUGAGGUUAUCACUGGUUUGAUCAAGGUCCUUCAAGCCAUAAACUGUGCAACUUGGCAUGACACCUUUUUGGGUUUAUGGAUUGCAGCACUUCGUCUUGUCCAACGGGAAAGGGAUCCUCUUGAGUCCCCUAUGCCUCACCUAGACUCUCGCUUAUGCAUGUUGCUGUCUGUCACCCCUCUUGUGGUUGCUGGUCUUAUUGAGGAAGAUGAAAGUGCACAAGUAGACAAGAAAGAACAUAGCUUUGUCAGUCACUGGAGAAAACAAAAGGUCACAGGGAAGUCUCGCGAUGAUUUAGUCUCAAGCUUACAGAUGCUGGGAAAUUUUAUAGGACUUCUGGCUCCCCCUCGUUCUGCUGUUUCUGCAGCGAAUCAGGCUGCUGCAAAAGCAAUGUUCUUUAUCUCAGGGACUAAGGUUGAAAGUGCAUACUUGGAUUACAUCAGUACGAAAGACAUCUCGAUUGAUUGCUCAGGAAACAUGCGCCAUCUGAUAGUUGAGGCUUGUAUAGCAAGAAAUCUAAUAGACACAUCAGCAUAUUUCUGGCCAGGCUAUGUGAAAGGAUGCAUCAAUGAAAUACCUUGUGAGCCUGCUCAAGUGCCUGGUUGGUCAUCGUUAAUGCAAGGAUCGCCGCUUACUCCAUUGUUAACAAAUGAAUUGGUUUCAACUCCUGCGCCAAGUAUAACAGAGCUGGAGAAAAUAUUUGAGGUAGCCAUCAAUGGCUCAGAUGCAGACAAGAUAUCAGCAGUUGCCAUCCUUUGUGGAGCCUCCCUGAUUCAGGGUUGGAAUAUUCAAGAACACACUGCUCAUUUUGUUAUUAGGUUGUUGUCUCCUCCUUGUCCUGCAAAUUAUUCUGGAAGUGGCAGCCAUCUGAUAGGUUAUGCUCCCCUGCUAAAUGGGCUUGUUGCUGGGAUAUCAAGCAUCGAUUGUAUUAAGAUUUUGUCACAACUUGGAAUGGUUCCACAACUAGCAUGUUCAUUGAUGACAAUCUGUGAGAUUUUUGGGUCAUGUGUACCCAGUGACUCAUGCAGCAACACAACAGGGACAGAAACCUCUGAUCCUCAUAUUGUGUUUUCUAAUGGAUUCACACUUCUUCUGAAGCUGUGGAGGUUUAAUUAUUGCUUUGCAGAUCGACCAGGACAUGUCUCAACCGUUCGAUCUAACAUCAGUCCUGAAUACCUUCUAUUAGUACGAAACUCCCACCUAGCAUCCUCGGCAAAUGUCCACCAGGAUCAUAAUAAAAGGAGACUUGCAGCAGUUGCAAGCUCAUCAUCUGCACAACCUAUCUUUGUUGAUUUGUUUCCAAAGUUAAAAGCCUGGUACAUGCAGCACAAUGCAUGCAUAGCUUCAACCCUCUCUGGACUUCCCCGCGGAACCCCUGUUCAUCACCAUGUUGAUGAGCUUUUGAACAUGAUGUUCAAAGAAAAGGAGCAAGGAAGACAGUCUGCAGAAUCUAAUACUUCUGCAAGUGGAAGUUCAUCUAAAGAAGCAAAUGAACAUACCUUUUUAAGUAAAUUGCCUGCUUGGGAUAUUCUGGCAGCUGUUCCGUUUGUAGCUGAUGCUGCUUUAACAGCCUGUGCUAAUGGGAUACUCUCUCCCCGGAAACUGGCUACUGGGCUUAAAGUCUUAGUUGAUUUUCUUCCUGCAUCUGUGGCAACCAUCGUUAGCUACUUCUCAGCUGAAGUAACCAGGGGUGUUUGGAAACCAGCUUUUAUGAAUGGAAAAGAUUGGCCCAGCCCUAAUGCAAAUUUGUCAAAUGUUGUGGAAAAAAUCAAGGAAAUUAUAGCUGCCACUGCUGUUGAGGUCUCAAGCGCUGCUGCUUCAGAUGGAAGCUGUCAAGCUACAAUGCCGUUGCCUCUUGCUGCCUUAGUGAGCCUUACUAUAACAUAUAAAACCGACAAAGAUUCAAAACGAUACCUCGACUUAGCUAAAGUGGCUUUGGCUUCCAUUGCAGCAGGUUGCCCAUGGCCCUGCAUGCCAAUUGUUUAUUCACUCUGGACCCAGAAAGCAAAGCGUUGGAGUGCCUACUUUGUCUUCUCUGGAUCACGUACUGUCUUCCUCCAACACCGAAAUGCUUUUGUCCAGCUUCUUAAAAGCUGCUUCACUGCCACACUUGGCCUACAUUCCACUCCUCUCUCAUACAACGGAGGUAUUGGAGCUCUUCUUGGCCAUGGAAUUGGAUCUCAUAUCCAUGGCAGGGUUUCUCCUGUUGCCCCGGCGAUCCUCUAUCUACAUGCUUAUCCAUAUUUAUCAGACAUUGUCUUCUUGAACAAAGAGAUUGUUUCCCUCUUGAUGCACUCUGUGAGAGAGAUAACAGGUAGUGGGUUUCCUAUAGAGGGAUGCAAGAGACUGAAGAUGGCCAAGAAUGUAAUGAUACAGGGAACGUAUCAGAUGGAUUCAAACUUGACUCGGGUUAAACUAGUGGCUUCACUCGCCGCUUCUUUAGUGUGGUUAUCUGGAGGCCUAGGUCUGGUUCAGUCAUUGUUUAAAGAAUUUCUGCCUUCAUGGUUUGUAUCUGUUCACAGCUCCAGACAAGAGGGAGAACCAAACGGAGUUGCAUGGCUAAAGGGAUACGUGGUUGCAUACUUUGCAUCUCUAUGUGGAGGCUUUGUAUGGGGCGUGGACUCAUCAUCCUGGGGAUCCAAGCGGCGUCCAAAGAUUCUUGGAACUCACAUGGAAUUUCUUGCAAGAGCACUAAAUGGCCAGAUAUCUCUUGGCUGUGAUGAGACCACUUGGCGAUCCUAUGUCUUGGGAUUCAUGAGCCUGAUGGUGGUUUGCAUGCCAACUUGGAUGCUGGAAGUGGAUGUAGAUGUGUUGAAGACAAUUAGUAAGAAGCUGAGGCAGUGGAAUGAGGAGGAGCUUGCUCUGGAUUUGCUGGGGAUUGGUGGUGUUGAUUUCAUGGGUGCAGCUGCAGAAAUGAUAAUUCAAAGCGAGCCAUAAUUUCUUGUGUUUUGUUUACCU